AUUCCGAGGACACCAGCGUCGUGUUCCGGCGAUUGCUUGUGGUUUUCCGGCCGGGAAAUAGCGUUCUUGAUGCUGCUUCUGCGGGAACUGGAAGAGAUAUUCCAGCUGCCGCGGAAGAAAGCUCGCAAACUCCCCCUGUUAGUCGCCGGCUUAUCAUUUCUCGUUCAAGAAAGCGGUUUUCCAGCUAUUAAAGCAGUUUUCGCUGCAAGAAAAGGUGACAAAUCUUUGAAGAUCCGCUCUUUACAGGUUUCUUGGCCUCCCCGGAGGCGGUCUGAAUAGUUUUGGGGAAAGAGAGGUGGUUUCUUGCCGUAGAUGUUGGUUUCUGCGCCGGGAGAACACAGGGGCUGGUGACAGGGACUUCUCGAAGUUGGUUUGAAGAUCUUGAAGGUAGUUUCUUGCAGCCAGAAGUGGGUUUGGGGCCUGGAGAACGGAAAGGGUUGGGGGAUUUCGGGAUCUUGAAGGUGGUUUUCCUGUGUAUCGGGGAGGAUGGGGAGAACGGGAAAGAAGGAUUCGGCGAAAGGGCUGGGGAACAUGGCAGCUUCGGGGUCGAUCCCGUGCACUCCCGUGGAGAAGAUGAGGACCGCCGAUAGACCCAGCUAUGCCACUCCUUCGAACUACGCCACGCCCAACUCGCGGUCUACCGACUCCCCUUACUUGAGAGCGAAGCACGCCCAGAUGGUUGACAAAGAUCUGCAAAAGGCAGUGCCAUUGUUCUGGGCUGCCAUAAACAGUGGUGACCGAGUCGACAGUGCAUUGAAAGACAUGGCUCUGGCGAUGAAACAGGUAAACCGAGCUGAGGAGGCCAUAGAGGCAAUCAAAUCUUUUCGCCACCUAUGCUCUCCUAAAACACAAGAGUCUAUUGAUAAUGUUCUUCUUGAGCUGUACAAGAAAUGUGGAAGAAUAGAUGACCAAAUUGAGCUGCUAAACUUCAAGCUGAAGAUGAUUGAUGAGGGGCUAGCUUUUGGUGGGAGGAGAACGAAGUUAACAAGAUCUAAAGGGAAAAAGUUCCAUGUUUCUCUUGAUCAUGAAAAGUCCAGACUACUGGGAAACCUUGCUUGGGCUUACAUGCAAUCCGAGAAUUACGAAACAGCAGAAACACUUUACUGGAAAGCACUGACGAUCGAACAAGAUUACAACAAACAGUGUAAUUUAGCUAUCUGCUUGAUGAAGACAAGAAGGCUCGAGGAAGCCAGGUCCAUCCUCCAAGUUGUGAAAAGGGCAUCAAGUAAUAUCUGUGAUCAGUUCUUUAUUAAAUCCUUUAAACAGGCUUCUCAAAUGCUGAAGGAAAUUGAGCCUCAAGAGAAUCUUAAUAACAAGGCAUAUGAACUGCAGCAGAGGACAGCUUUUACAAGUGGAGAUAACAAACUGUCACAAAAUUCACACAUAGCGGAUACUACUUAUUCUCACAUUAAAAGGGAAGAGAGAAUCAUUGGUGCAGAUCAUGCUUUGAAGAAGGCUGCAACUACAAAUGAUUGUCAAGUACUCAACUCAAAUUCCAUCCAUGACAACUCAGUUCUAAAUGAACUGAACGGCAAAAAUUCCAGCAGCUCUGGGUUUUUGAUAAAUAAGAAUACAGGUCAAAGAUCCAUGGGUUUAUGUGAGGGCAGUCAGAAAUUCAAUGAUUGUGGCAAAGAAGAAUAUGAGAUGUGGAGCAUGAGAUGUCAUGAGUACCUGGAUUCUGAUUACAAUUCAAUCCUAUUGAGUGGGAACACAGGGCAAGCACCAGAUUCCUCAGUUGUGACUAGUGACAGAACACCAAAACCAGAUCAUGUGGCCACGAAUCAUAGAUUUGAAGAUUGUAUCCUGAAACCCAGAAGCCUGAAUGACAUAUGGGCAACCGAAUCAGUAAAAACACCAAAAGAGAAAAGGAAUGGGAACCUAUCUUCUAAUAUUGAUGUAAACUGGAAUCAAGGAUCCGAUGCUCUCACAAAUAAUGGGAGGCAAAUUGACAACUUAGUUGAUAAGACUUGUACAGGAAGCUCAAAUAACUAUCCAUGUCAGAUUUCUGGGAGUAAUCUGGCUUCUAGUGCAGUGGAUGCAAAGACGGACAAAUUCACUUCAUUCUUGGCUGGUGUAAGAGGAACAUGGGCUGACUUGAUAGAGGAACAACAAGCAACUCAGGACUUCAGGGUAGAUGUAACAGCUACUGACACAACUGUAGUUGCAUCUGAAAAUUAUCCCAGGACUCAGUUGGUCAAGAAGAGUGAAAGAAAAUCCUGGGAGGAAAUGGUAGAGGUAGAACAGUUUGCAACUCAAAACUCAAGCAUAGAUAUAGUAGCUAAUGACAAAAUUUUGGUUUUUUCUGAAAAUUAUCUCCAGACUCAAUUGAUCAAAAAGAGUGAAAGGAGAACCUGGGCUGACAUAGUAGAGGAAGAAGAAGAAUUAUCAGAAAAUGCGAUCCACAGCAGUUGCAAAGCCAUUAUUUGCACUACUGAAAGUAGCAGAGAGUCAUCUGAAGAAUAUUUAAGGACACCUUUUCCAUUUCACAGCGGAAGGAGCACUUCCACCAGUGUGCUACGGGAAGAUGGACCCUUGCUUGAUGAAAAUCCAAGGAACAAUUCAGCAGCGGAUCCCAGUAGAAAACAAAAGGACCUCAGAUCUCCCACUUGCUCAAAGUCAAUCAAGGAUGCAGUUUUUCAAGAUGAGAACACGGAUUUGAACAUUGUCACAUAUGUUCCGAGACAGGGGCAUCAUAUAUCGCAGAACUGCAAGGAGAUGGUCGAUCUCAGGUCUGAAAAUUCUCGCAGAACAGCAAAAGGAAACUCAUCAGUUCGGCGCACUCUCUCAUUCGAUGCAGAACCAACCUCUGAUCCUUCAGAAGACUGCGUGGAGCAAUUCGUUGAGAUCGUUAGACUUUGGGAUUCUGGAUGUAUGACAGCAAAACGAGGCUUGCUCUAACAGUAGAAUGUGUCCUAAGCAACCGAAGCAGCCAAAUAUGAUUCGAGUUUUCCAGGAAAUCACAGAUGAUGAAAGUGGAAGGGAGUGAAUGAAUUACAUGAUUUCAUAUUUAUCGACAUUUUUAAUUUUCCUUCUUUCAACUGGAAUUAGAAGAUAGUUACAAGAACAAUCUGUUAUUGAAAUCAUUAGAAAUAUGUUGUGACUUUACAUCUUCGUUUGCUACUCUUUCACGGAGAAUACAGAACUAAAACUGUAUGAUAGUGAUUAGCGGCUUGCAGCAGUUCAACAAUUUUAAGAAUGUCUGCAACAUU